AUGAGCAUGAGUCCAUGUCACGACGCGCUCAUGCUUGGCCAACAUUCAAAUUCGGUAGGAUGAGGAAACAAGGCUCACAAGGCCACACAUACGGGUGAAUGGUGUCACUGCAGUUCACCGAUGACCCGGAAAAGCAAGAUGAGCUUCACUUCGGCUCUUUGCCCUCGGAGCAAGAAGCUGGGUUCACACAAGAGGAUGGUCUGCAGCAACACUGGCAGCACUAUGCGGUGACCGUCGGUUUGCCCUCUAGCAUGCCCUCUCCGUCGCCAUCACACUCACUCCACGACCCCCUGCUGCCUCCCUGCACGCCUCCCUCUUAUCGAGUAGCCUCUUAUCCCGAUGCGGCACACACCACGCCACCACCACCCUCAUGUAAGUCAUCACGCACAAGAAGAAGGUGACCAUUGCCUUCUUCUGCUGCAUGCUAUAUCUCAGCUGAAGAGGUUGGCGAAACUCAGAAGCGGAUCUGCGAGUUCAUCAACAAGCACUGGCUGAGGUUGGAGGUCGACCGCAAACGCUCACGCAAGAACGUCGAUCCGAUGCAAGCCGCUGCUCAAAACAUCCUGUUGUGGUUUGCAACGUCAGCGAGGCUGGGGCAAGGCUGGCGCUUCGCCAUGACGCCCUCCGCCAUCGAUGAGCGCAAGGGGAAGAACGGACGCUGUGGAAACAAGUACCGAGUCCUGGCACUUCGGAAGCCUCUGCACGUGUUGAGCCAUGCGGACCCUUCCCAGCCCCACAUAUUCGCUGAGCACAAUGGGAUGCAACAGUGCUUCUUUCCUGUGGCGGUCGACCGCACCGCAACUGAGGAGGACGAGAAGGAGAUAGCGGUGUGCAUCCACGAGGAGGGCGGGGUGCUGUGUGGCAAGCUCGGCAGGCAGAAGGACAUCACGAAGCACCUGAAGGAUGCACACAAGCUCAAUCCAAGUCGGGGCGGCGGCGAUGCGACGGUUGCUCAAGAUUCUGAGGUGCGUGACCAUAACCAGCCUGCUGCUGUCCCCCUCACUGUGUCUCGCUGACAUAUGCAGGCGCCUCCGCCCCUCAUCCCCCUGUAUGGACCGUCCCCCGUUCACGCCAAUGCUGGACAGGUACGCGGAUGAGAGGGUCACUGGACGCCACGUUCAUCGACUGCAUUAUGUCUGCAGUGGAGCCAUGGGCCGAGCGGGCAUCCACACGUAAGCAGACGGGACGGCGUUUUGAUGGCAUGGCGAGGGCUUGACAUGCUGUGUGCUUGCCGAAUCUUCAGGACCCUUACCAUGCAUAUGGGCGGAAGGCUCGAGACAUGGAGCCCUCUGCAGCAGGGAAGGAUGACGAGUUCGCUUCGUCUGCGAUCGGCUAA